AUGGCCAUUACCGGCAGCAUAUGUUCAUCACCAAACCAACAUCCAACUCUCCCAACACUUCCACUCCCACCAAUCCCACCACUCAAAACCCACCACCCUCUCCAACUCCACUUCCCUCCUCCCUCUUUCUCCAAAUUUGGCGCCAACUGGGUCUCCAGUGACGCAUUGGUCAUUGCAGCCACGGCGGAGGCGCUGGCACUGGCCCAGGCUUCCGUGAAGGUGGCCAGAGAUGCUGCGGCGGUGAGGGAUGAGAUUGUGGAGGCUUGGAGUUGUAGGGAGAGUGGGAAUGGGAGUGGUGGGUUGGCGGUGAGGAGGAAGAGGAGGAGGAAAAGGAUAAAAGGGUUGGAGGGUUUGGAUGAGGAGAGGGGAAGGGGUGUUGGAGAUGGAAAGUUGUCGUUUGGUUAUGUGAGAUGUGGGCAUCUGAGCCCAAACGAAGAAGAUGAAUUCUGUCUCAGUCUCAAGUUAAAUGUUGUAUAUGAUGAUCACUACAGUUAG